CCUGUAAGGAAAAGAAAAAAACAGUUGCAAAUGUAUCUCAGCAUUAGGAAAAACAGUACCUGUGCUACCUACCUAUGUGGAUUUGAGACCUCAGUAAGGAUGCAACUGGGCUGUGAAUCCGUAAAUGGCUCUUGCAUAAGGAGCAGCUGGUCAAACAGUAUCCGUGUUUCCAUGUAUAUCUUCAUGGUUUGCAUUAUUUUGGCCACAGUUGUUGGAAAUUUGACAGUUAUCAUCUCAAUAUCACAUUUUAAGCAACUCCAUACACCUACCAAUUUCCUGAUACUUUCUAUGGCUACAGUAGACUUUUUGCUGGGAUUCCUCAUCAUGCCUUGCAGCAUGGUGCGCUCUGUUGAGCGCUGCUGGUAUUUUGGGGAGCUCUUCUGCAAGAUCCACACGAGCACAGACAUUAUGCUGAGCACAGCGUCCAUCUUCCAUCUUUCCUUCAUAUCCAUCGACCGUUACUAUGCUGUGUGUGACCCUCUAAGAUACAAAUCAAAGAUAAAUACUUUUGUUAUCCUCGUCAUGAUAUUUGUAAGUUGGAUGGUCCCCGCUGCUUUUGCUUUUGGAAUGAUCUUUCUAGAACUAAACUUGCGAGGGGCAGAAGAGAUUUAUAAUCACAUACAUUGUACUGGAGGAUGCUUUGUCAUUUUUAGUGAAACUUCGGGUGUUGUGGCUUCUGUAGUGUCUUUUUACAUCCCUGGAUUUGUUAUGCUGUACAUCUAUAGGAAAAUAUACUCCAUAGCCAAGAGGCAGGCAAGAUCCAUUGAUGCAAUUAGCCAAAAAAAGAUGCAGUUUGAAAUGAAGCACCACAUUUCAUUCUGCAGAGAAAGCAAAGCUGCCAAGACAUUAGGCAUAAUAAUAGGAGUGUUCCUCAUUUGCUGGUGUCCGUUCUUCUUCUUUACAGCAACCAAUCCAUUUAUGAAUUAUGUGAUACCUCCUGUUCUCCUGGAUGCUUUGGUCUGGUUUGGUUAUUUAAAUUCUACAUUUAAUCCAAUUAUUUAUGCAUUUUUUUACAUGUGGUUUCGCAGGGCAUUAAAGUUGAUUCUGUUUGGAAAAGUUUUUCAGCGGGACUCUUCCAGGACUCAUUUGUUUUUAGAGUAACAUGUUUUAAAUUGUUGUAUUCAUGGCUUUGAAUUUUUGUCUGGAGGCUGAACUCCCGGAUGUGAGAGCUGAAAAUGAAGGAAGACCUAUUUGUUUACUUGUUUACCAAAUCUGGUUUGAGCAGAUAAGCAACCAUUGUGCUUCAUGUCCUCUUUCAUUCCAGACUGGGCUUUGUAUGUGGUUUUUUGGUUAUAGCUAUUUAUAUGCAAUGCACAGGGGAGCAAGACUUCAGUUUUUAAAAAAUUACAGCAGUUUAUAUCCCUGAUCAUAAUCAUUAAGAAAUUAUUCCAAUACAACAGAUUAAUUUCUUGAACAAGGUGUGUUUAUAUUACAAUAUUUGUGUUUCCUUAUUGUCCUCUAGAAAGAGACAUCUUUCAGUAAUAACCCAAAGCUUUUAAGUUUUGUGCGUCCCCUUCAGUAUGUGUACAGA